AAGAGGUACUCCAAAUUCAUAAAGGAAUUUGGAUGUUGCUGACGAGAUCUCUGUCGUUCUAUCGGAAUAGAGUUGCACCGGUGGAAGUAGAUAGACACCUUCCAGCGAGAGAACGAUUAGUUGUUCGCGACGAUAGGAGGAGGAGGAGGAGGAAGAGGAGGAGGAGGAGGAGGAGGAGGAAGAGGAGGAGGACGCUCGAGAGGAGAGAAGGAAGGAGAGCAAAGCAAAGUUGAAAGUAUUGUGUAUGUUUGUGUGUGUAUAUAUGCGCGCGCGCGCGCGCCUGUGUAUGUGCGUGUACAGAGAGAGAGAGAGAGGAGGGGAAGAAGCAAGAAACGGUGUUCACGAGAGAUAGAGAGAAUCGUGGAGCCAGCAGAAGCAAAAGAAGCAGCAGCAGCAGCAGCAGCAGCAGCAGCAGCAGCAGUAGACUGGUGUCCAUGAGACAAGAAGAUGAGAAGGAUGAAGCUGGUGCUAGUGCUACUCUGUGUCCUGGCGCCUUUGGCAACGUGCCAACGACAAGAGAGGUGGUCGACGACGUCGGUGGCUCGGAGCAAGCAUCGAGACAAGACAGCCAAGGGCAAGUACGAGCCAGAUUACGACGCAGCCGGGAGGACAAGUAGAUUCGGUGAACUCUUCGAGAAUGAACACGAGUUCACCCUUUCUAGGAAGAGCAGGGCCAUCGAUUCUAACAGGCCGGUUGACACCGCCGGUUCGAGCAAAAACUAUCAAUAUUCCUCGCACUCGUCGAAAUCACGGGGGAAAUCUAGCGAGGAGAUACGUGAGAACAGUCGAAGAACGAAAAAUGUAACGAUAGGCGAUGGUAUAUGUCAGAGCAUCGACAUUAGGAACAAUGUUUACAACUUUGAUAUACUCGAAAAUUGUCACGUGAUCGAGGGCUUCCUACAGAUCGUCCUGAUCGAGAACAAUACCGAGGCUGACUUUCAAAACCGUACCUUUCCGAAGCUACGAGAGAUCACCGGUUAUCUCCUACUCUAUCGGGUUUACGGAUUGAAGAGCCUGAACAAUCUCUUCCCGAAUCUCGAGACCAUCAGAGGAAAUAUACUCCUUACAGAUUAUGCAUUUAUGGUAUACGAGAUGCAAAACCUGCAAGAGAUCGGCUUGAGGAAACUGACGAAAAUCUCGAGGGGUGGGGUAAGGAUCGAGAAAAAUCCAGCCUUGUGCUACACCAAUACGCUAAAUUGGAACGCUAUCGUUACGGCCGGGGACAAUUUUAUCAAGGACAACAGCAACGAAAGUUCGUGUCCGAGUUGUUCGCAAUGUCCCGACGGGUUUUGUUGGACGGCCCAACAUUGUCAAGUAACGAACAAAACGAAGUGUCACCAUCAGUGCCUUGGGGAAUGCUACGGUAAAACGGAGAGCGAUUGCUACGUCUGUAAACACUAUCGGCACGAAGGGAAAUGCGUCGAGAACUGUCCGGAUCAUUUAUACGCGUAUAUAUCAAGGCGAUGUAUAACGAAAGACGAAUGUCUAAAAAUUAAUCACUUGCGGAAAAUAUCGAAAAUCGAGGACGAACAGAAAUGGCGACCCUUCAAUGGUUCGUGCCUCACGCAGUGUCCCGAGGGUUACGAGGAUCACAUCGACGAGAACAAGAUGAUAACCUGUCGAGUUUGCAAGGAUCGAUGCCGUAAGAUAGGAAAGAGCGCGAUCAUAAGGCACAUCUCGGACGCCCAAGUAUUUCGAGGAACGACCGUGGUGAACGGAGCUUUGGAAUUCCAAAUAAGAAACGGUAAUCCAAACAUCAUGCAAGAACUGACCGAAGCUUUCGGUCUGAUCGAGGAGAUUACCGAAUACGUCAAAGUGACUCACUCCUUUCCGAUCACGUCGUUGGGCUUCUUCAAAAAACUCAAGGUGAUCAAGGGCGAAAAAUUGGACAUAAACAACGCGAGUUUAAUCGUAUUGGAUAAUCCGAAUCUCUCCAACCUCUUUCCGCCGAACCAGAAGAUCGUCAUACAGAACGGCAGACUGUUCUUUCAUUACAAUCCGAAACUCUGUAUGUCCAAGAUCGAAGAACUUGGCCAAAUGGUAGGUAUAAGGGACUUCAGCAAUCUCGAGGUGCAACCGGAAUCCAACGGGGAGAAGGUAGCGUGCGAUGUCGUCAACAUAAACAUCACGGUUAAGGAAAAAGGCUCGAGUUACGUAAAUCUGAUUUGGGACAGUUACAAGCCGCCCGAGGAACAGCAAUUGUUGAGCUAUCUCUUGAGUUACAUAGAGACCGAGAAUGAGAACAUCACUUACGAAGCCAACGCCUGCGGUAAUAACACUUGGCAGAUCGUUGACGUGGACAUACCGAAUGGUAAUACGUCGCUCCUGCAGACGGUAUCGAAGCACAUUUCGGGCCUUAAGCCGUACACGAAGUAUGCCGUUUACGUGAAAACGUUCACAACGAGAAACGAAAGUUUUUCGAAAUCCCGCAAUAGUCCCGUGGGUCAGUCGGAGAUCAUAUUUUUCAGAACGAAGAGUGACAUACCUUCUAUGCCGACCGACGUUGUUUCCAAUUCGAUAAGCGAUACCGAGAUCGUGGUAAAGUGGAGUCCACCGGAGCAGCCAAACGGUCCUAUCGGUUACUACAUGAUAUCCGGUUUUUUGAGACCGGACGACGCCGAAUUUCUUUCCUCCAGAGAUUACUGUAGCUACGGUCUGAUCAGUGAACCCGAGGUGGAGGAAGUACAGGAAGUUACUGCUAAAAUACCGAUCGUUGGCCCGUCCUCCUGCUGUUCCAAAGACGAGUCUAUAAAACCGCCGACGUCGAAGAAGUUCGAGAUACUCUGCAACCAAAAUCUCGGGAUAAGUCACGUUUCUGCCGGUUGGAAAAAUUAUUGCGUCUUCAACAGAUACAACUCGAUGAACGAGUCCGUGCACAGAUUGGAAAACGAUCCGUCGAGUAUCGACGACGAAACUUUCGUCUACAACGUCAGCGCCAAGGAAAAUUCAUUUCAUUUGAAGAAUCUGCGACACUUCUCUUUGUACACCAUCUCCGUCGCUGCCUGCGGAGUCAAGCUUCGGGAGGACGUACAGAUGUGCUCGUCCGUGCAAUACACCAACGCUCGAACGAAGAAACGCGAGAAGGCCGACGACGUUGGCAACGUCAAAACUCACAUCGCCAAUAAUUCGAUCGUCGAGGUCUCUUGGGAUACCGUUAGAAAUCCCAAUGCCCUCACUCUGAGCUAUACGGUAGAAUAUACGAAUUUAGAUGUAAAGGACGCGAAGAAAAGUACGGAGUGCAUACCGUACGUAGGACGCGGCGAAGAACGCAAGACUCACGACAUUAAGAACUUAAGUCCAGGUCAUUACAGUCUCCGAGUACGUUCGACCUCCUUAGCCGGAGACGGUAACUUCUCCGAGACGAUUUAUUUUUCCGUCGGGCUCCUCAACGAUAACCCCAUAGUAUUAAUAUCUUUGCUGAUCUUUGGCUUCUUUACCGUUUUCAUUAUAAUCGGAUAUAUUUAUCUUAGAAAUCGUCAGAAGAAGAAGAAGCAAGAGAGAUUGAUAGCCAGCGUAAAUCCUGAUUACAUAGAGACAAAGUACAUCAUCGACAGUUGGGAGGUACCUAGAGAAAGCGUCGAGAUAUUGGAAGAGCUUGGGCUUGGUAAUUUCGGAAUGGUGUGUCGCGGUCGUUUGGAUAACAACAUCGACGUAGCCAUAAAGACGAUCUCCGAGACGGCCAGCGAGCGCGAGAAGAACGAGUUCUUGAACGAGGCCUCGGUGAUGAAAAAUUUCUCUACCUUUCACGUAAUUAAAUUAUUAGGUGUCGUUAGCAUUGGAAAUCCGCCGUUCGUCGUAAUGGAACUAAUGGAGAACGGAGAUUUGAAGACCUAUUUGCGCCGUAUACGAGACACGCAUUUCGUACCGAACGCAUCGAGAAUAAUAAGAAUGGCGGCCGAGAUAGCGGAUGGCAUGGCUUAUUUGGAGUCGAAGAAAUUCGUUCAUCGUGACUUGGCUGCUAGGAAUUGCAUGGUCUCCAAGGAUUUGGUUUGCAAGAUCGGAGACUUUGGCAUGGCCAGGGACAUAUACGAGACCGAUUAUUACAAGAUCGGUAAGAAGGGACUUUUGCCGAUAAGAUGGAUGGCGCCGGAGAAUCUUUCGGACGGCGUCUUCACGUCCGACUCGGACGUCUGGUCGUUCGGUGUGGUUCUUUACGAGAUAUUAACGCUCGCCGAAAUACCGUAUCAAGGUUUUUCCAACGAGGAGGUAUUGAAUUACGUUUUGCACAAGGGCUCCCUCGGUAUACCAAGAAACUGCCCGGAAAACAUUCAAAAGAUCAUGGAGAAGUGUUUCAAGUGGCGACCGAACGAUCGUCCAACGUUCAUGGAGAUCGUCGCGGAAUUGGAACCUUUUCUCGGUCAGGACUUUUGUGAGAAAUCCUUUUAUCACUCCGAGGAGGGUGUCGAGAUACGCAGUCUUGGCAUCAAGAAGGUCUAUCAUCACGCCGCACCUAUACGUUUUCAUUGGGGCAACGAGACUGCUCGAUGGGUUCGAGAAUUCGAGGACAACGUGACGCUUCUCGAUCAGACGAAGGCCGGCACCAGUCGAGGACGCAUAUUCAAGAAUGGCUUUCAACACUUCGGUAACGUUACCAAUAUGGAGGAAGUUCCUCUCGAUCGAUGAAAUUUCUUUCGUUAGACUCGCGUCGCUUCAUCGAGGGUAGAGUAUAUACACACACACACACACACACACACACACUAAGCGUAUAAAGAAUAUUUCUACAUCAAGACCAUUCGAUAAUAAUCUAAUAUUCCUUUUAGGAUAUGUAGCAUCAAUACCGAAUUAAUAAGUCGUAAUGCUGCGACCAAAGAAGUCAUUAGAAAUCGAAUUAAACCAUUUAAAAGAAACAAUCACAUAUACAGCUAGUCAUUUGCGCGAUAUAACAAGAGCGAAGAGAAAUCUAAUAAAAAUUAUAUUAAACUAAAUUAAAUUAUAAACUAAACUAUAAACAAAACGAAAAACGAAUCGUAAAUCGGGAUUUUUAUUUCGCAAUGCAUUUUAAAUAAAUAAAUUUUUUUCCAUCGAUUGAUAUCCGAACGAUCUAUAUCUACUUCUACCUCUUUUAUUAAAGCGCUACGAUUGUAAUCGGAUAGAUUUUAUAAAAGAGGGAGGGAGGAGGGAUGUAGAGGAGGAGAAUGAAGAGAAGGAAGAAGAGAAAAAAAAACUAAAGGAUUUAGCCUCGUGAAUCACGACGAGACGUAUAAGAUUUUCAAGGAUAUCGCGUUGGCCAACCGCCAUGCAACAUUCUUUGUUCGUUCGUUCGCGAAUCAUGAGACUAGACAAAGUUUUCAAAAGCACGAAAAGUGAUAGAGAAAUCCUAUACGAGAGGUCACAAACCCGCUCAAAAAAAAAUAUAUAAUAUUUCACGUUGGAAAAUAUAAGAAAAAGGAGAAUAUUAGAGCGAACUAGUAUAAAACGAAGAGGGAGGAAGAGAGCAAAAACAAUAUAGAAAAUAUCAGGUCGCGUUUGAUUAUUUGAAAUAGUAAAGUAACAAUUGUUUAGCAUUUUUAUUAUUACUAUUAUUUUUAUUAUUAUUAUUAUUAUUAUUAUUAUUAUUAUUAUUAUUAUUAUUAUUUCUUUUUUUCCCAUUCGUUUCCAACAAAAUAUAGUUUCGUAGGAUUAAUAAACGAUAUUAUUUAAUAGCAAAUAGACAGACAAUAAGAGAGUAGUACUGUUUAUUUAGUUGGCAUUCCUGUGCAUCGCCAAGAUUUAGAUUUACAGUCAGCUAUUAUGCAAGUAGUCAAAACGGUGACGAUCGUCGUUACGGAUCGAUCGAGAUAUCUCCUCGUGUGUAUAUGUAAGGAUAUAUAUAUUUAUAUAUACACAUAUGUAUAUGUAUGUAUAUAUAUAGUAUAUACAUAUACUAUAUAUACUAUAAUAUAUAUGUAUAUAUAUAUAUAAAACUUAAUAAACACUUAACGAAUUUCAAACGAUUUUCAGAUCGAGUCAGAAUAAACAAAACGUAUCCAUCCUAUUAUAAAAUACUUAUGUAGGUCUAAUACUUAAACACUUACUCGACAUUAAAUUAAAUAUAUACAUUAAGCUCGUUUGUAUAAGAGAAGAGAUCAAUAUUAAUAUCAUUUAUUUUUAUUAUUAUUAUUAUUAUUAUUAUUAUUAUUAUUAUUAUUAUUAUUAUUAUUAUUAUUCUCAUUGUUAUUAUAUUAUCCUCGUCGUUGUGUCGUGUCGUGAUUAUUAAUAUCAUUAUUAUUAUUAUUAUUACUACUACUACUACUAUUACUAUUACUAUUACUACUACUACUAUUACUACCAUUAUUACUAUUACUACACAGAUAAUUUAACAAAUAUUUAUUGAAUUGCAGUACUGCACGUGUUGCGUGAACUUAUUGAAAUAACGUUCUCUUAUUAUUAUUUUUUAUCAUUAUUAUUUUUUUUUUUUUUUUGUACAGCUUUUAGACGAGUUCUACUUGCAUUGAUUUAACAACAUUUAGAUUAAAACGUAUCGAUCAUCGAACGCGAUGAAAGCCAUGUUACUAUUAUAUUGCGUUAAGAGAACUGGAUCCUUACUUUUGCAUAAUAUUUAUGAUAAUAUAGGCAUUCUUAUUUUCACGUUUAACACAAACAAUACGAUCGAAAAUUUACUUAUAUUUGACAUAUCGAUCGUAUCGAUGUAUAUUUAAAAUAACGUUUUAAGGAGAAAAGAAAAAAGAAAUCCCUAGGAUUAAAAAAAAAGUAUCAUAAUCGUUUAGAACGAUGUACUGAUGACUGAAGACUUAGUUUUUAAGUUAAAAAUUAAUCAAUCGAUUAAGAAUAUAUAUACAUACACACACACACACACAUAUAUAUAUAUACAUAUAUAUAGGAUAAGGAAGUCUCUCGUCUUCUUUUAAAUUAUUAAUUUCUUUCUCUUCUUUGUUUUUUCUUCUUUUUUCUCUAAAUAUAUUUUCAUCAAUUAUUCAUAUAAAGGAAGGUGUAAUGUACCGGCAGGUAAAAUUAUAUAGUCCGACUAUAUAAUCCGAUUUCGAUUGUUCAAAAUAUUUCCAAUGAAUUUAAUUCUUUUCCAAAGUUAAUUCUUUUCUAAUUUCUUUUCUUUUUUUCUUUUCUUUUUCUUUCUUUUCUGUUUCUCUUUUUUCCGUGGUACCAAAUAAUGUUACAAAAAGAUCAUAAGUAUAAUAUUAUAUGCAUGUACGCGCACGAUUAGACUAAUAAUUAUUAAUUAUCAUUGACAAUUUGAAACGUAUUUUUACACUAUUUGUCAUUCGUAUUACACGUUAUGAAUUCUCUGCUUAUGCAACUGAAACGUCGUAUCGCGUGUUUCAAAACGAUUAUAUAUACGUUUUUGUCUUUUUAUUUUUCCUCGUUAGAAUGUCGACAACAUCGCAAAAAAAAAACAAAUAUGGCGUAACAUUUGCAAUAUGCAUUACGCAGCGAGACACGUUUUUGGUGAUUUUACAAAAAAGAAAAAAAAAUUAAUAUUCGAUGUUUAUCAUCGACUAUCAUAUCUUUUUCCCUUUUUCUCUUUAAAAUUGCAAAAAUUGCAAAACAAAUAAAUCCUAAUCCUAAAAAAUGUGUCUCGAUUUGCAAUAAAACAAUCGAACAUUGAUCCUCGCAUUUUUCGUAUACGUUUAUCGUUAAUUUUCUAAUAUAAGUAAGCUAAUCUUUAAUCCUUCAAAUUUUUCGUGUAGAAUGUUACUUUUUUUUUUUUUUAUACGAACAAAAUUUAUAAAUAAUUAAAGAUUCGUCAUCUUUUUUUUUUCUAUCGUUACUACUAUUACGUUCAAUAAUACUCGCAGAGGAAGUUUGUUAUUAUUUUAAUUAUUUUAAUUAGCUUUCCAUAUCACGAAUGCAUCAUUUUUUCUCCUUGAAAGGAAAGAGAAAAAGCGUUUCCCAUGUAUUUUCUACGUGUGUGUGUAUAUAUAUAUAUAUAUAUAUAUACACACACACAUAUGUAUACGUAAAAGCAUUGUUGCUUCAAAUGGACGAACACAUUCACGAUAUAUAUGCGGAAAAAAAAAAGAAAAAACGAUAGAAAAGAAAUUGUUAUAAAUAUAAAAAGAAAAAAAAAAAAAAGAAAAUUGUAAUUCGUGAUAUAGUAGAAAAUGUUUAAAUGUAGACUUGCAGCAGAGAAAAUGUAUGUAUGUGUGCGUAUACGUAUUGCGUGCGUGCGUGUAUUAUUCCUAAUCAAAAAAAUCCUGCCAUACCGUGUCUUCCAAGACAGAAAACUAUAAAACACUAUUGUAAAUUAGAUAAAAAUUAUUUAUAUAUACCUCCGAGACCCGUAAGUUAUUAUUGUAUACCAUGUAUGAAUAAGCAAAGGAAGAGUGUGCGAGAGUGAAAUUGAACACACACAGAGAGAGAGAGAGAGAGAAAGAAUAUAAUAUAAACAAUUUCGUACUUUCGUCCGAUUGUGGAUGAGAAAAUAAGCGCGUGUGCAACUUAUCAAACAUUCUUUUAACAUUUAGUGACUAGAUUUAUCCAAUAAAUUUGAUCGACGAGGAAAGUGUUCAAAGGAAUGUCGACGUUGUUUCGCAACGAUUUCAUUUUUUAUUUGAGUUACGUAACAAAAUCGUGCACAGAUUUGUUAUGUAAAACAAAAAGAAUGGAAUGAAUACGACUUUCUUCGUAAAAGGCAGACUUGAAAAAAUUUUUCUCGAUCGAUCUCUAUAUAUAUAUAUACAUACAUGUAUGUGUGUGUAUAUAUACACAUAUAUAUAUAUAAAUAUAUAUAAAUAAAACAAACAAAAAAAUACACACCGACACAUACACAAGGAAAAAUACACGAACACACGAAUGUACAUACCUAACAUUGCACUAAUUUAGUAUUGCCGCUGAGUAUUACAACUAGUCACAUAAGCCAAAAGUUUGUUACUCUCGUAAAAGUUUUCUUUUUUUCCAGUUUUAUAAAUAAAGAAGGUUUAAAAGCCCGAACAAAUUA